AGCGCUCACCGAGUUGCUUUUUCCGCUGAAACCCCAUUAUCCUUGUGAUUCGAUCGCGCAUCGCGUCUCGCUGUGACUGCUGUGAGUUGUGUGACCGGCAGCUUGAUCGCGUGGGACAGCGUGAGACUUCUCCAACAUGGGCGACAACGUGGUAGCCGACGUGCAAAGUCUGACCUUGGAGGAUAAGGCGAAGUCAAUGAAGGCACUGAAGAAGAAAUCUGCUGCAGUGGAGAAAUCUGUAUCGGAGCUUAAACCUUGGCCCUCUUACAUUCAGGAACGUAUCGUAUUAUGGGAUAAAUUGAAAACGGAAUACGAGGCUGCAAUAGCGGCAAAAACUCCCGUAGAUAUUACUGUGACUCUACCGGAUGGUAAGAAGAUACCCGUGCAGUCCUGGCGUACAACUCCUUACGACGUUGCGAGAAGCAUUAGCCAAGGAUUGGCAGAUAAUACCGUAAUCGCAAAAGUCAACAAUGAAUUGUGGGAUCUGGACAGACCUCUGGAAUACGAUUGCAAGCUGCAACUCCUGAAAUUUGACGACCCGGAAGGUCAGCAAGUGUUUUGGCAUUCCAGCGCUCAUGUCCUCGGGGAAGCUAUGGAAAGAGUUUACGGCGGCUGUCUUUGUUACGGUCCUCCCAUCGAGAACGGCUUUUACUACGACAUGUAUCUGGGCGAAAAGGGCAUUUCCAACACGGACUUCCCAUAUUUGGAGGGUCUGUACAAGAAUAUAGUCAAAGAGAAACAGCCGUUUGAACGGCUGGAGAUGACGAAGGAGGAUCUCCUGGAAAUGUUCAAGUACAACGAAUUCAAGGUGCGGAUUAUAAACGAGAGAAUACAGACGCCCACCACCACAGCUUACAGAUGCGGCCCGCUGAUCGACUUGUGCAGGGGACCGCACGUUAGGCACACGGGAAAGAUCAAGGCCAUGAAGAUCACGAAAAACUCGUCCACGUACUGGGAGGGGAACGCUAACGCGGAAUCGCUGCAGAGAGUGUACGGAAUAAGCUUUCCGGAUUCCAAGCAAUUGAAGGAGUGGGAGAAGUUUCAGGAGGAGGCAGCCAAACGGGAUCACAGGAAGAUCGGAAAGGAGCAGGAGCUGUAUUUCUUCCACGAACUUUCGCCCGGUUCUUGCUUCUUCCAACCGCGCGGCGCGUACAUAUACAAUACCCUGGUCGAAUUCAUUCGCUCCGAGUACAGAAAGAGAGGAUUUCAGGAAGUGGUCACCCCGAACAUUUACAACAGCAAACUAUGGCAGACCUCGGGACACUGGCAGCAUUACGCGGAAAAUAUGUUCUCUUUCGACGUGGAGAAGGAAACUUUUGCGCUCAAGCCUAUGAAUUGUCCAGGUCACUGCAUGAUCUUCGACGUUCGCAACAGAUCGUGGCGCGAGCUACCGCUCAGAUUGGCUGAUUUCGGCGUGCUGCACCGCAACGAGCUGUCGGGCGCGUUAACGGGCCUUACCAGAGUGAGACGAUUCCAGCAGGACGACGCGCACAUAUUCUGUUCUAUAGAGCAUAUUAAAGACGAGAUAAGCGGCGCUCUCGACUUUCUGUGGCACGUCAAUUCCGUUCUUGGUUUUACGUUCAAUUUAUGCCUGUCCACGCGACCGGAGAAGUUCUUGGGCGACAUAGGAAUGUGGAAUGAGGCGGAGAAAGCAUUGGAGGAUAGCUUGAACGCAUUCGGCCAACCGUGGGUCCUAAAUCCUCAGGAUGGUGCAUUUUAUGGACCUAAAAUCGACAUAACCAUCAUGGACGCGCUUAAAAGGGCUCAUCAGACCGCUACGAUACAAUUAGAUUUCCAGUUGCCAAUCAGAUUCAAUCUAUCAUACGUUAACGAAGCUGGGGAAAAAACUCGACCGGUUAUUAUACACAGAGCUAUUCUUGGCUCCGUAGAACGUAUGAUCGCAAUUCUAACUGAAUCGUAUGGCGGUAAGUGGCCAUACUGGCUGUCUCCGCGGCAAGCGAUGGUUGUGCCGGUAGCAUCGCAAUUCGACGACUAUGCUUACGAAGUGAAACAGAAACUCUGGGACGCUGGUGUUAUGGUCGAAAUCGAUACCGAUCCGAGUGACACCCUGAACAAGAAGAUUCGUAAUGCUCAGCUCGCACAGUUUAACUUUAUACUCGUUGUGGGAGAGAAGGAACGUAAUGCCGGGACAGUAAAUAUAAGAACGAGGGACAACGUAGUUCACGGUGAAAUGGCAGUGGACGAAUUAAUCACGAAGUUGAAAGUCCUGAAAGAAACGAGAGAUCAAAGCGGCGAAUUAAAAUCUUAAAAAAUUCAGCAAUCUAUAUUAAAACAAAUUUAUUUAUUUCUAGAUAUUGCACGACAUUUUGCUAAAUUAAUAAUAAGCUUAACGAUAACAUGGAUCCAUUUUUUAAUCCAUGUUUUGUCCAAAUUUUUUCUGUAUUUAAGAAAAUAUAAAUUUUAAUUUUUUGUA